CUGACGGAGGCAUUGAAUUUAUAGUUCCGCGUUUGAAGGCCUUUACCAUUGUCAGACAGAAAGAACCGAAAACGGGUGCCUCAAGCGUUUUAAAAUGUUCAAAUUCAAUUUUGAAGUAGAAACUGAAGUAGAGCCAGAAGAAGCAGUUAAGAGUCCAUUUACAGAGAAUAGCGAACACAAAACUGAGCAGGAGGAUUCAGGAAUUGUCAAGGAUAUUGUGUGGUAUGAGGCAGAACAAAUUAAACCGACUAAAGCCGCGUUAUCUCGCCUGGAUCUGUACGAACUCAAUGCCAAGGAUCUGAAGGUAGGCAAUACGGAAAUAAGGCAUCUCAUAGCCGGGUUUCUACUUGAGGACAUAAAAAUCCAAGGAGAUCUGGAGAGUCGCGACAUUAAGAAGUCUGAGGAAAGUCAUUCGGAUUUAAUAGCAGGAGUCUAUGAAGGUGGUGCGAAAAUAUGGGAAUGUACGGACGAUCUAUUGCUAUAUUUAUCGGAGAACUAUGACGACAGUUACUGGCAAGGCAAGAGAGUCCUGGACCUGGGAUGUGGCUCUGGAUUGUUGGGAAUAUAUGCCCUACAAUCUGGUGCAAAAGUUGACUUUCAAGACUAUAACAAGGAUGUUUUGGAACAAAUAACAAUACCAAAUGUUAUGCUAAAUGUGCAGUUGGAUCUUUCGGAUGAUAACAAAUUAGAAUUUUUAGAGGAAAACACGAGUUUCUAUUCCGGUGACUGGUCAAAUUUUGCUCUUCUCACGUUGGACACAGAAAAGUACGAUAUGAUCCUGACAUCGGAGACAAUAUACAACAUAGAGAAUCAACAGAAGCUGCUGGACACCUUUAACAGUCGCCUGAGAGGCGAUGGCAUUGUUUUAGUUUCUGGAAAAUCGCAUUACUUUGGUGUGGGCGGUGGCCUUGAGCAGUUCGUAGAUGUUAUUAACAAGGGAAAAGCUUUUGAAAGCAAAAAUGUGUGGACGGCGGACGAAAAUCUAAAGCGGGGCAUUUUAAAAAUAAAAUUUAAAUAGUACCACUAA